GUAGCUAUCACCACAAUCACUUCCACUUCUAUAAAUAUUGCCACCCUCGACGACAAUAGGAUAUCGACGAGCAUAUAUUUUACAUUGAAGCUGAGGACUCUCCAGUUUUUUCAGCAGUUAAUAAGUGCCAGAGCAACGACUGGAACGAAGAAGGAUCAGGACAGACAUCAGUUACCAACGACUCGACAUCAUACUCUCUGUAUACCCCCAUUAUUUGUUCGUUCUAGACAAGGGCAGCCAACAAAAAGAGAGCCGAGAAUUGUUCCUUCCUGUAAUUCCCAUAUACACCAUCCAUAACAGGGCAUCCUAGUUAUUCCGAGCUCGAGCUUGUUACAGCAACGCAACAUCAUCAUGAUGUCUCUUUUCUAGCGACAACCGCCGAUUUCUUGCGACAUCCCCCUUACUUUGCACCAUCAUUGUCCGUGCCGGCACACGAUCUAUUAUACCGUUCUCCAGUGCAUUAGCGCUGCAAAGAAAAAACCAUUAUCCUGUUCGAAGCGCAGUUCGACCGAAGUCAAACGCAGAUAACAGACAAGAAGAGCGCAAAAGUCUAGAAUCGUCAAUUGCGUGACGCCCGCUACAAACGCCCGCUACAAACCACCCCCGUCAUAGCACUCCUGUCUCCUGUCCUUAUAAAUCUUCAUCUCGGUGACGCAUCUCAUAUACAUACAUAUAUCAUAUAUCCAGAUCUCCUCUACACACGCUCUCCAUAUACCCCUCACACUUCACUCUCCAUCCCUACCGCAGCGAAUCGCUCUUUGGACGACUGCAUAGCACUUCUUCAAAAUCGUCCAUCCUCCUCAGGCUCGACUGUUACUUUCACGCGUUUCACCCACGGGGUCCCCAGUUUUCCCCAGGUGUUCUUCACCGCCAUCGCGUCAUUCCUACUUCGUUGUCCCCUUUUUCUUUAUUAACACCACGCAACGCGCAACAUCGGCCGCUUCUCGACUUUGCUCGCUUCAUCGCUCGUUUCAAUAAAAAUUCCACGUCGUCGUCAACCUGUCAAUUAUCCGCCAGUUACGACGAAUCUAUCUGUUUACCUCUUCAAAAGCCCAAGCCACCGAAUCACGCCAAAAUCCUGUCAACCUUUGUGAUCUAAUCGAUCUGCGCGGAUCAGUCCGGAACUAACUGCAAUCUGCGAUACAACACUGCAAAUUGCGGAAACGGAGUUCUCUGGUCUAAAAAAAAGAGAUCCCCGCUGGGUUACUCACCUCCAACUGGGUAACUUUUUUCUCUCUGGAGAACAGCCUCAAGUCUCUCACAUAUAUAUAUUCGAUAUCAGCAUUCAAUUUUGGCAUCAAGGAGGUCAAAAUCGUCAGACAAGGACACGCAGCGGCGCCAGGUCGUUGAAUUAUCUGCCAUUUCCUCAUCCUUCUUGCCUCAUUACCACAUUGCCCUCUGAGCGCAACCUCGCUCAGAAACAACGUCUUUCCGGAACUCUAUUCGUACCUCACCGAGUGUGAACUUGCUGUCACGAUCUAGGCGCGUUUUUGGACAACGGACUGAAACGUAUGGAUCAGCGCAGGAUCAUAGGCGAGAAUAUUGCAGCCUGGUGUAGGUCUUUUCGACUCUCCCCACUAACUUCCGCGGACAACUCUCUUCUCAUUUGACUUGUCCCAACUCCGUUUUCUUUACCCUUCCACAUCUACAGCCACUCUUGGCCCUUCAUAACGUCGCUCAAAAUGACCAUGAUUGAUAUGGGUAUGAACAUUGCUUGGUGUUUGGCUUGCUCUAAACAAUUGAACAAUCCACGAGACACUUAUUGCAGCGAUGCCUGUCGCCUUGAAGAUUCGCAGCCUAGCGGCAGCCCAAACAAUCACGUCGAUAUCACUGCGCCAGUCCCGGCCGGUUUUUUCUCUGCAUCACGGGUCGAGGCGAGAUCUGACCGGCCAUCACUUAUUCCUACGGACGUCUUUGAAGAACCUCAAGCCAAAAUGAGCCUCCGAGAUCGACGCGCAUAUUCUUUCCCCGCUGAGCUCGCUGAGCCUGCGGUAAAGCGUUCGGGAUCCAGACGGCAGACUCAGACUCAGGAGACCUUGCAGUUUGUGAGAAAGAGCAGCGGCCAAGUGUUGGGGAUGAAUUCUCACAGGUCUCCAAAUUUGGGUCCUACCCCUGUUGGCGCAGGCGCACGGCCAAAAGGUUUCGGCAAGCUGUCAAAGACCACGGGUAAUAAUACACCAAUAGUAUCUGACUCCGUGUUCUGCUCCAAUUCGGAAAGCAGUGACAAUGAGGUAGCAGAUGGCGUCGAUUAUCUUUACCGCGAAUCCGCCAUCCUAAAGAAAAGGUUAUCGAAAACUACGGAUGAUACCUUAAGACUUCCCAAGGCGCCAGUUCCUCGCCGAUUAUCCACCAACCUUGGCUAUGAGCCCAGCAGCUACCACAGCAGACCGUCACUUGUUCCUUCUCACAGUCAUCCGCUUGGGGCAAAACCUGCCAGUCCUGUAGCACACAUCAUUGCAACCUCAAUCGGUUCUCGUUCUCGCGAUGACAUUGUAAGCUGGUUGAAUGAGGUCAAGCGUUCGCCCAAAGAUACGACUUUAGACAGCAUCUCCCGAUCGCAGGCGGAUAUGCUUACUCCUACUCAAGAGCGAAUGGAAUGGGUUGAGGAAGGCAAGAUGGGUACCACCCCCCAAGGGAGAUUGGGAUCCGCUCUUGCAGGCUUUAGCACGUUGCGGGGUCUGAGCGAUAUUCAAACAUUGGCAAACGCCCCCUCUGGAUCUGGCACUGUCUACAAAGCACUUUCAGUUCCUUCACAUGCAUCGUCCACCGCUGCUCCUAUCAGCGAUCCUGAAGGCUUGGCAUUGAUGCAAGCCAGUCCAUCUCAGGCUGAAGUCUCGCGGGUGGCGGUCAUGAACCAACCUGGGGGGGCAACACCCACACUUUCGACCAUUUCUCUUUCGGAUUUGAUGGAACCUUUGACUGAUGCUGGGGAGAAUGUUGACUUCAUGACAGACGAGCAGAGUGCUUCGGGCAGCUCAUCCUUUGCCCGACACAGGCUGUCAGCUGUUGUCUCCGGCUCUCAGCGUCAAGGCAGGGGAACCGGGUGGGGAGAUUUGCAGGGGAAGACUGCCGAGGAAGAAAAGGGAGCUCAGACACCGUCACCUCUUCGACCGUUGGCCAACACAGCUCAAGCCAUCUGGAAUCUUUCCAACUACAUCCGCUCAUUUGCGCCUCUAUCGAUCGCUUCUGUCUUUGUACCCUCAAAGCGAUCUGAAUCCCCUACUCCACCUGCUAGCCGCUCCGCCACCGCCGGCCCUUGCCCUCCUCGCCAGGAAUCUUCAUCUUCUUCCAGCUCCCAAUCGCAAGACCAGAUCUCUUUCGUCACACCUUUGCCUGCUGCGCGCCAGCCGUCAGAUCCCAACCAAUCUCCUAUCCAGGCGAUGGUCCGAAGCCUACCGAUGGACAUUGCCAAUCCUAUCGGUGCCGAGAACGGUGCUCUGGAGCGCAAGCUCAUUCGUGAGCGAGAACAGGAACUAGACAUAGAUUCGGAUUGGUCAAAAAGCAAAUCACGCAGCCGCGUACGUGGUAGCCGUGUGCGCAAUCCCAGUCCAAGCAGGAGUCGAAGUCGUGGACGUAGCGACGGUCGCCGUUCAAGGGCUAGGGAGAUGUCAAAGGUCAGAGGAAGUCAUUCGAGGCAUGGACGAAAGAUUUCGUACGAUGCGGAUGCUAGCGAAGGUGAGAAGGCGGGCUAUGAGCUCAGAAGAGGAAGGAGUCGAAGAGAGAAGGUGUUGAGGAUGGACUCGACCGACGAGGAGCCACAGGUGGAGGAGAGGAGAGGGAGGGAUAGAACUGUGAAGGCGUGAAAAGUGACGAGGUUCUACUGUCACCGUGUAGCAAUCGAAAAAAAAAGUUUCAGUUCAACCUCAGGAGCUUUGUAUUUAUCUCUUCCUUUUUCAAAAUAGCAUAGGACACGAUUCACACUCAUCAGGCAAAUUAACAUGAGGUCUUUGUAGUUGUCAACAAUCAUUUUAGCAAGUGUCGAUUAGCAUUUUCAAAUACAUCUAUUAACAGGAAAAAAGCACAUUCGGAUAUCAGAAAGUGAUUAUGCAAAGUUGUACCAG